AAAACCCAAACCCAAAGGGGCUAGCAGUAGAACUUAAUUAAUUAAUUAAUUCUUACCACACAUAACAUAAAUCGAUUUUAAUUCGUCUUCUUCCUUCCUCAACCAUUGCCUGCGUCUCAUCUUCCUUCAUUCACUGGAUAUCUUUGUUUUUAUCAGAAAACACAAGCUAAGCUACGCUAAGCUUUGCAGCAGAUUUCGAAUCCUAUUUUGGUUUAAUGAUGGCGGACAAGUCUAGCUCUACUGUUUACAUUGGUAACCUGGAUGAGAGAGUCAGUGAUAGGGUGCUAUAUGACAUUCUCAUUCAAGCAGGCCGUGUGGUGGAUUUACAUAUUCCUCGGGACAGGGAGACCGAUAAGCCAAAAGGUUUUGCUUUUGCUGAAUACGAAUCGGAUGAGGUGGCUGCUUAUGCUGUGAAGCUUUUCAGUGGGCUUGUGACACUCUACAAGAGGACGCUGAAAUUUGCGAUUUCUGGGCAAGACAAAUCCUCAGCGAGUUUACCCGUUGCAAAUACCCCUAUGAUUACUUCUUCUCUCAAACCAAGGCCAUACCAUGCCCCAUAUGAUAGUACAGAACUUUCCUCGCAAUCAUUAAGCCGGUUCUCAGAGUACAAAAUAAAUUACAUACAAGCGCCGGUUCCUUAUGAUGUAUCUAUGAACCAACCUAAUGGGUAUAGAACACACCAUGACAGCGUCGAUUACAAUUACAGUCGAAGAGUAUUCGGGGCAGUAUUGGAUAGUGUUAGUGGCAGUAGCUCUGGACGAUAUGAGAGGCGAAACUCAAUGAGUUACAAUUCUUCUUACUAAAUUUCAUGUAGGCUGGGUAGAGAUCAACUUUGAUUGUCUAACCCUUCUUGUGAAUGGGUACUGCACAUGAUAUAGCACCGGUAGACACUAGACAGUUAGCUAUUUAUUAUCUUUUCUGUUAAAUGUGUGUGGUGAAGUGAGUUGAGGUUGUCUUAUGUGGUUUACCUAUCCAGAUUAUUGCAUGCUUCUUUUGUUAGUAUCUAAUCUUGUUCUAGGAUUUUGAACUCAAAUGAUUUUCUCUUGUUCACCUGGACCUUAAUCCUCAGCUGUAAGUUUUGGUGCAUGCAUAUGGUUUUAUUUUUUCUUUUUUUUUUUUACCAGCUAUCAGCAUUUGAUUGUUGAAAACAUGAAUUUUGUACGCAUAACUUCUGUUGGAUAUAUGCACUGUUUGCUGGUGCUGAUUUUCUUUCAUUUUCUUCUCUCUAUAUAUUUUGUCCUGUUCUUUUGAAUUGCAAUUAGAGAAGAGAGAUCAAUUGAAGUAUUUUCGCUACUGAUCAUCCACAAUUCAACCAAUGGAUCCUUAGGGUUGGUAUAUUCUUUCUAUAUCCUGUAGUUUCUCUCACUCAACUCAAGUGAAGUAUCACAAAUCUUUCGACCCAUCCUGUAGAUUGUCCUUUUCCUUUCGUGUUGAAAUAGAACCUUAAUUUAGUACUUGUUAUUAGGUACACAUUGACUCGUAGAAAAGGAUAUCAAUCCCCGAUUGCCUAUUGGUAAUUAUCGAGUAUAGAAUAUAUUUGCUUCUCCUUGUUCCUACAAACAGAAUUCUUCCAUCACGAACAAAAUAGAAUAAAUAUUAAUCUAACCCUUUUUAGGAAACAAUCUUCCGAACAGAGGGGUCUAUAAGAUAGUCAUUUUUCCAGUGUAAUAAAGUUACGUAGUUUUUCUUUUAAUUUGAUAAAGGAGUAUUUUCCAUGGGUUUGCCUUGGUAUCGUGUUCAUACCGUUGUAUUGAAUGAUCCCGAAGGGUUAGGAUGUUAAGUUAAGUGGACGAAAGGAUAAUUUUAGGAAAAAGAUCUAAAAGAUCUCUUUCCUUUUUUUACAACUUUCUAAUAUCGUAAUUUGUUCUUUUUUUUUUUUUUGUUCCUAUUGCUUUCUAUCGUAUAUAAAGUCUUUUAUAUUUCUAUUCCUAAAGUAACUUAGAUUGAGCCGCACAUAUCUUACUUUGUGCUAAGUUAAAAAAAAUAAGACUAUUUCAAUGAUGUCCCUCCAGUUGUAUGCAUAUUGGUAUUGAACUGUUGUAUUUGUGAUACAACGUAGUGGAGUGUUGAUUUUGAAUUUACAGGACUCCACCCUUAGAAUUCCAGGAAGAGUUAACUUCCACUUUUCUUGUAGCUGCCUUGCUCUCUUUUGUCCCAGAAUUAACUCCAUUUAAGCUUUUAUUCGCCUAGUAUGGAGAAUUUGAAGCAUCAGAGAAGAAUCGGCUGUGAUUAGCCUAGCUCGAUAUCCAUCCUAUCAAGAAAAGUUGUACUUGUGGCCUGCUGUCACUAACCCUCUUCAAUUGCUAUCAGAAACCUCCGGAAUCUCUAUACGUGUUCCAUUUAGGUUUGACCUGUCUACAUCCCCAGCAUCCAACCGUUGUAUGACAUUUUCUUAUAAAAUAAAAAAUAAAUAAAGAAGAAUAAAGAUUGCACAGUAGCAUUUUCUGUUUUUGUGUGUGGCAGUGUGCUCUGUAUUCCUGCUCAAAAGGUGUUAAUUGCUAUAUGACAUAAAAUUAACCCCCUUAUUGGAGCUAGCUUACCAAGGCGCUCAAAUGGUAAAGUCCGGACUCUGGCUUAUAACGGUGAACCCUUGGAAUAUUUCUAUCCGUUAAUUUCUAAAAAUAUUAAGUUUCAAUGGAACAAAGCAUUAUGGGGAGAGCAAUGACUUGCAUUUUGUUUGUGUUUGAUGGGUAAGAAUUCGAAAAAGAUUGAUUGUGAAACUUCUUUUUUAUGUCGGUUUGAUGGUAAGAUUUAGAAAAGAAUGAUUUAUGAUUUGGUCACCUUUGUGUAGAUGAUGAGGAGGAGGGAACCCAC